CUGAUGAUUGAUAUUUUUCUGGACUGUUGGUAGCCAAAGAAAGAAAUGCUGACUAUGAUGUUUGAUGGGCAAACAUCUUUUUCAAACAAACACUCAACAAUCAGUGGAUAUGAAUAGAUGAGUGGGUCAUUAAUCACUGUUUGCAAACAUUGCAGACAGUUCCAAGAGAUUUCAUUUUACUUUAGCUUGAUAAGCUGUUUUGGAGGGUGAAGGACCUGAGACUUGUUAUGGAUCAGUCUAAAGUCUCCUGUUGUGCUUUAUCGUACUUAAUCCUGGCCCUUAUGCCUGGGGAGGUGGAGUCGGUGGUAUGCUGCCAGGUGGAGAACUUUUUUUGCCUAGGCUCCCCCCUGGCUGUGUUCCUGUGUCUGAGGGGGGUCCGUGCUCAGGGGGUUGGCACUCUGGAGCACAUCAUACCUGCAAACCUCUGCAAGAGGCUCUUUAACAUCUUCCAUCCAGCAGACCCAGUGGCUUACAGGAUCGAGCCCCUCAUCCUCAGACAUUACGCCGGCAUCCAGCCACAACUCAUCCACAACCACAGCCAGUCUGCCCUCCCACUGUACUGUGACAUCAAACCUGUGGCCUUCAAGAACGCCAAAGAACAGCAACUGGUCGAUAAAGGUGCAUCUGCAGGGCAGGAAAAUGGUAAUGGAUCAGGCAGUGGCAGUUCCACACCUCUGGAACCAAUGUCACCAUUACAUGGGGCUGAGAUGGCUGAUGGGAAGAAAGAUCAAGAGUCUACACUGGUACAAGGUGCCUUGAGCCUGUGGUCCAAGUGGAGUGGUAGGUCAGACACUCCUAAAGAGCUGCAGGUGCUGCUGGAGGGAGAGCUGGAGUCAGGGCCGACUGUGGCCUUCAGCAGUAUGGACAUCGUAGACAGCACAGUGUCCUUUCCUCUGGCUGGAUACAGAUAUUCGCUGACAGACGAUGACGUGCUGGCUGACACAGACACAGAGGACCCCUCCCUGCCAGAGUUGGAGCACCGUAUUGACUAUGUGUUGCGGGAAGGUCGUGUGGAGAGUCGCUACAUCUCAGCCAUUACGUCGCACACGUCCUACUGGGUUUCCCGCGAUGUCGCGCUGUUCCUCCUGAUGCACAUGUACCCUCCGCAGGCCAUGAAGAUGUGAUGUAUACGACAGUCAUGAUAACAGCAACCAAGACACAGGCCGGAUUUUAUAUCAUAAUGAGCUUUAAGCAAGAAUAAGAACGUGCAGAGUCUGCUUUGGGCCUCAAACAAUCAAACAUUACAUAACACACAUUCUCGAAGAUGCAAUGCACUAUCUCUACAAUUAUAGUAUAAAAUGUACAAAACCUCUCUACAGAAUGGUUAAUGUCUUUUAUGUAACAGCUUUCACAACUAUUAUUUGUCUUCACGUGCUACAAUGUUAAGGGAUUUCUGUAAGCAAUAUUAAAUGGUGAAAAGACACAAUCUUUCUACAAGGGAAGGUACAACAUGCUUCUGUGUGAAUCAAAAUACAUGUGGUCUAAUAUAAAAAAACUAUAAAUCAGCUUUAAACAUACAAUUUACCAAGUUUCUAUCAGCAUGUUAAUAAUUAUUGUAAUACUUCUGUUAAUAGUCAUCAUCAUUCCUGAUAUCACCCAACUUUCUUGCCACCUAAAUACUUGAAUGUACUUGAAUACAGAAAAGCACUGAAUAUGUUGCACUGGUUGUUGGGAGUCACAAAAACGGCUGCAUCUCUUCUUUCUACACAGAAAAGUGCAAUAACUGGAUGCUAUUAUAGCUAUUAAAACCAUGGAAAUUUCAACAAACCUGUAAAGAAAGUGACGACUUUUUUGUAUAUGUUGUAUAUGUCGAGUGUAAUGUAAAUGGUUAUUAAAAGAUGACAAUUUAGUUUGCUCAUACAGUCUGCCAUAAGAGAAAUCUAUGGCAAAUCUUUCUAUGAAACAUACAUUCAUAUCAUUUAUGUGUAUACCUUUAGUUUAUGUAAUCAGCUUUUGAAAAUUAGAUCUAUAAUAGAUACUUCUACAGAUGAAUGUUAUGUUGCAGUGCUAGUUAUGUUAAUUGUAGUAAUCACAAGUCUGUAUGCUUCUGCUCUGCUUUGUCCUGUCCUGACCUGUUCUGUCCUGUUCUGUCCUGUUCUGUCCUGUUCUGUCCUGUUCUGUUCUGUUCUGUUUUGUUCUGUUGGGAAAAAAGGGAAAAAACAAGAUUAUCUCAUUUCCAAUUUAUACACAUGGUAUGCAAGUAACUCUCAACCUUUGGUGUCCAUGCAAUCAUCUCAUUAAAGGAAUCUAGGAAUGGUACAGCCUUUGUGUUGUCUGUAAUAGCAGCAUUUCAAUACAGAAAUUGACUUAAUGAAUCUCUUUUUGCAAGAAUUUUUAAAGGAAACUGUAGCAUGGUGUGGUGCAAGUGUGUGGGUUUUAAAACUCUUGAACAAGAGGAGAAUUGUUACUGGCUUAUCUUUUACCUGAACAUUUGUAAUACCAAUGAGCUUUGGUAAUUUGGUAAUACUUAAGACUGGAAUGUGCAGUGCUUUAUAUGACAAUCAAAUAAACAUUACUGUGCCUUCCAUGGUUUAGAUUUUAAUAGAAGGUAAAUGUUAAUAACCAUUGCAACCUAGGACUUCCUUCAAACAGGAAACCACAUAGACGAACACAUAGUUGAAGGCAUCAAAUAUGUCAGCAGUUAAAAUGAUCGUAGGCAAACUGAAUAAAAUUAUGAAAAUGAC